UCCUUUGCUUUAUAUAGGCAAUAAUUAAUUCCAACCAUUGAAGUUCGGCAAAAUACGCAGGCACACGGAGAAAAGCGAGCAGUUGUGGAGAAACUGACAUGGCGGACAUUCAACUCAUCUCAACGAGCUCAGUCAAAGCGGCGAGUCACAAGGAGUGCUCAACUCAUGAUCAUCAGAGAAUUGAGUUGACUCCAUGGGAUCUCCAACUCCUUCUACUAGGACCCAUCCAGAAGGGUCUCCUUUUCCACAAACCCAAAACCACACAAGAGAUCAGAGAGUACUCAUCAGAAAGCUCAAUAAUCCAACACCUCAGAACCUCCCUUUCCCGCACGCUGGACUUCUUCAACCCCCUCGCCGGCCGCCUUGUCUCCAUCCAAAACGACGACAACACCACCUCCUAUUUUAUCGAUUGCAACAACGCUGGAGCACAGUUUGUACACGCCACAGCCAAUGAUGUUGUUACGAUUGCCGACAUCCUCGAGCCUGUCUACGUUCCCGAUCGACUUGUCCACUCCUUUUUCCCACUCAACGAAGUGCUAAACUGUGAGGGCGCUUCUAAGCCCUUGCUCGGAGUGCAAGUCACUGAGCUUGUCGAUGGCAUCUUCAUCGGUUGCACCCUUAACCAUGCGGUUGCUGACGGCAUGUCCUUUUGGCAUUUCUUCAAUUCUUGGUCCGAAAUCUCCAGGGGUUUUAAUCAAAUAUCCAAAACUCCAGCUCUCAAACGUUGGUUCCUUGAUGGUACCGAUUGUCCAAUCCGGAUUCCUCCCCAAAAGCUCUCUGAUAGUUUCACUCCGUUAUCGCCGAAAGAAAGAAUUUUUCAUUUCACAAAAGAAAAGAUUGCAGAACUGAAAACAAAGGCCAAUGCUGAGAUUGGCAUGACCAAUCGGGUAUCCUCUCUACAAGCAGUCUUAACUCAUUUUUGGCGGUCUGUAAUUCGUAGCCAAAACCUAGACCCAAAUCAAAAAGUAUCUUUCAACUUGCUAAUAGGAGCUAGAACAAGAUUGCAGCCACCAUUGCCUGAAAAUUAUUUCGGAAAUGCAGUGCAUGGAGGGACCGUGACCGUCAAAGCAGGUGAUCUACUUGAAGGUGGACUUGGUCAUGCAGCUUGGGAAAUGAACAAGAUGGUUGCUUUGCACACAGAUGAAAAAGCUAGGAGCUUUUUGGAGUCGUGGGUGGAAAGCCCUAGGUUAUUUACAGCGGGUAGCGUGGCCGGUAAUGCUUUAUCGACGAGCAGCUCGCCACGGUUCGAUGUGUAUGGUAAUGACUUCGGAUGGGGAAGACCGGUGGCUGUGCGAAGCGGUGCUGCGAACAGAACUCCUGGGAAGGUUACAGUUUUUCCUACGGCGGAAGAAGGAGGCAUUGACAUCGAAGCUUGCCUUUCGCCGGAGACGUUGGAGGUUAUGGGAAAUGAUUCAGAAUUUAUGGAUGUUGUUACAUCUAAUUAA